UUCGGGUCGAGACCACAGGGUACAUUGGUGUUCCGUUUUCUUCCAACACUACCGGAUGGCAAACCUCUUUUUGCACAUUGAAUUACUCCAGGGCUAAUAACUCGUACUGUUGAGCAGCGUCACUGGCAUGGCAAGUGUGGACAAUCGCCCUCUUGGGCAACAGACUCUUCGGGGCUUUGGCAUCUUCUAGGCCAUCGUUUCAAUACCCACAAUGGUCAUUUUGGGGUUCUUCGCAUGGGAACAGAUGGUGUUUCCUUACCGAGAGGACUUCUACUCCUUCUUGUGGGUCUUGCUUGCGCUUUGUUGCAAUAUGCGUGUCCUGCGCAGACUAACAGUCUCGAAAGUGCACCCUCAAUGACGGCAUUUAUGGCUGCAGGCAUCGUGUUCAUCGUAUACGUACAGCGCAAGGCGAUUGCGACGCCCUACCAGGUGCUUAUGUUCGAGGCUGCAAAAUCGGUGCUUGCAACGGGACUGUGGCUUUGGCUUAUCUUGGAUUCUGCAUUCGGCCCAUGGCGUGUCCAACAUCAUGACCAUGCCCCUGACACAUACGUGGAUCCAGACUAUGUCAAGAGACGAGUUCAGCAUGAUGCGCUUGCCAGUCUGCUACUGAUUGUAUUCUUCUAUCCACCGCUUGGGUACUCUUAUAUUGUUUGGAGGACGAAGAGCAGCCAUGGAGGCGGCGAGGGUGAAGAGAGGUUGAAUCGGGAAGAGAGGGCUCCACUGCUUUCGCGAACGAGUGGGAGAGUCUUGGGUUAGUGCUGGGAUAUCAGCGACACAUCUCGAACAUGCGUGCGGACAGACUGUGUAGCUCAGACGACAGAGGUGUGGAUACCGGUGAGGCUACUACGCUUCCGGUGCGAAUUGCUGGUCAUACCAGGGAGAGUCUUGC